AGCUGACGUCAGUGAGAGAGAGAGCGGCCCACUGGUGGUGGGCUGGAGCUGCUGCUGAUAUGUGGAGUGAUCGCUGAAGAGGACCCAGUCCGACCUUGUCUGACUCACAGCCCCGCGUCUGCUCGGCUCGUAGCGGGGUUAAUAUCCGUUGAGCGGCCGUGGAUCCCCCUUCAGGCGCGCACAACUUUGACUUUCAUUCAUAUAUUUUUUUCUAAUCGCUGCUCAUCUACGCCUGGGGGAUGUGCACGGGAACAAGCAAACUACUCCAAGCUCUUCCGCAUAUUGGAUCUCUCCCCAGCAGUGUCCCUGCAAGGAUUCGGGAAAAGAAGGCUCCUGCUCAAGCGGAACCGGGGAUUUUUUGAGAUCCAAAUCAUUAUUUUAUUUUAUUUUUUUUUGUCUCAAAUUGAUUUUCUGAGUUUGUUAAAAAAAAAAAAUCGCCUGUAGAGUGGAAUAAUUAAUUGCGUUGCUUAGAUCUCAACAGAUCUAAGAUUUAGACGAGGCUUUGCAGUGGGGUUGAACAGCACCACACAAUUUCGAUCAGAAUGCAUUCUAUUUAGGGCACGCUCUGAUUUACACUAAGUGUCACAUUUAGGGAUGGCGAACGACUACAAUCGCAAUAUUGUGGAAAACUACAUCUGCCAUAAACUCUCCAAACGGGGAUACGUGUGGGGAUUUAACGGAGUCCCGGACGACGACGCUGCUAACAACGGAGGUUUAGGUGACCAUUCACCGACUUUGGUUCGGCGCUGCCGCGAUGCAGGACCGGGGCCCGACAGCGACAGCGACCCCCACCGCCUCUGCAGGCGGAUCUCGCAGUCCGACCCGUACGCAGACAUCCACCGGGUCCUGCGCGACGCCGGUGACGAACUCGAGAAACUGUACCAGUUGGACUUCGUGGAGAUGUCGCAGCAGCUGUACCUCACCAGAGACACGGCGAGGACGAGGUUCGCCGAGGUCAUAAACGAACUGUUCCGGGACGGCGUGAACUGGGGUCGGAUUAUCGCUUUCUUCGAGUUCGGAAGCACGGUGUGCGUGGAGUGCGCGUCCAAAGAGGAGAUGACAUCGCAAGUGGACAACAUCGCGGAGUGGAUGACGGAAUAUUUAAAUGGACCCCUUGACAGCUGGAUACAAGAUAACGGGGGAUGGGAUGCGUUUGUGGAACUGUACGACAGACAAAAGGAGUCGGUCUUCAGCUGCUACUGGCCGUCCAUCAAGACUGUCUUUGGUCUGGCUGCACUCGGAGCGGCCAGCGUCACCAUCGGAGCGUACCUUGCACAAAAGUGAACAGUAUCUCUCUCUCUCUCCAUCUCCUGACUCCUCCAGGCUCAUCUUUAUUUCUCAGAGCCCCCCUCUUCCCCCUCCUUUUUUUUUUUUUUUUUUUUUAUUUCUUGCGCCUCCUGUUUUCAAAGAUGCCCCU